AUGGCAGCCGCUGGAGCGCCCCGCGAGGCUGCGCGAGGCGACGCAAAGAGCGCGUGGAACAUUGCCGAGGGAAACAUGGAGGAUCCCGAGGAGGAGCGGGUGAUUCUCUGCGCCCUGGACUCUUUUGCGCAGUAUCCCAAGGUCGCCCACUUCAACGUGACCCAUCUCCGCCGACGGUCCUUUUACGCCCUCCCCCAAGCACACUGGAAGAUGCUGGCCGCCCCGCCGUUCAGCUUCCUGGAGACGCUCGACCGGGCCGACCGGGCCAUCGACUCCAACGCGGAGCUGGCCGACGCCAUCGUGGCCCACAGCCUGCAGGCCUUGUCCCCCCUCGCCGCCGUCUCGCACUCGCACCCCCCCGGCGGGCCGGCGAUGCCGCCCCAGUGGGCCGGCGUGGCCAAGCACGCCGACGUCGACAAGGCGCGCAGCACCAUCCGGCAGUUCUACCGCGACUGGACGGCCGACGGCGCCGCCGAGCGGCAAGCCUGCUACGCGCCCAUCAUGGGGGCGCUCGAGGCGCAGCAGCGGAGGCGCCGCGGCGACGCCGACGCCGACGCCGGCCGCCCCCUCAGGGUGCUGGUGCCCGGCGCCGGGCUGGGCAGGCUGGUCUUUGAGCUCUGCCGCCGGGGCCACGAGGCCGAGGGCAACGAGAUCUCGUACCACCAGCUGCUGGCGUCGUCGCACAUCCUCAACGGCUGCGACCGCGCCGGCCGGUACACCGUCUACCCCUGGGUGCACACCUUCUCCAACCACGUCACGCGGGAGAACCACCUCCGGGGCUACCCGGUGCCCGACGUCCACCCGGCCACGGAGCUGGCCCGCUCGCCCACCCCCGUGGGCAGCAUGUCCAUGUGCGCCGCCGACUUCCUGUGCCUCUACGCCGACGACAGCCACGCGGGCGCGUACGACGCCGUCGCCAGCCUCUUCUUCCUCGACACGGCCCCCAACCUGAUCCGCUACCUCGAGGUCAUCUACCACUGCCUGCGGCCGGGCGGCAUCCUGGUCAACGUGGGCCCGCUGCUGUGGCACUUUGAGAACCAGGCGCCCGGAAACCACGGCCACGACGACGACGGCGACGGAGAGCACGACUUCAACUCGUCGUCGGGCAUAGCCGACCCGGGGAGCUUCGAGCUGUCCCACGACGAGGUCAUGGCCCUGCUGGGCAAGCUCGGCUUCGAGGUGGAAUGGGCGCAGACGGAUGUCGAGGCGCCCUAUAUCCAGGACGGGCAGAGCAUGCUGCAGACGGUGUACAAGGCUGCCACUUGGCUGGCGCGCAAGCCGGAGAGGUAG